AGACUUACCCAAGAUGAAGCUGUUCGUAUUCCUCGCCCUGGCCGUGGCCUGUGCCUCCGCCAUCCCGGCUCCCGGUGCUCCCGAGCAGAAGGAGAAGCUGACCCCGGUGCCCGUGAAGGACAUCCAGGGACGCAUCACCAAUGGCUACCCGGCCUACGAGGGCAAGGUGCCCUACAUUGUUGGCCUGUUGUUCAGCGGUAACGGCAACUGGUGGUGCGGAGGCUCGAUCAUCGGCAACACCUGGGUCCUGACGGCUGCUCACUGCACAAACGGGGCGAGCGGCGUGACCAUCAACUACGGCGCCAGCAUCCGCACCCAGCCCCAGUACACCCACUGGGUUGGAAGCGGCGACAUCAUCCAGCAUCACCACUACAACAGCGGCAACCUGCACAACGACAUCUCGCUGAUCCGCACUCCGCACGUGGACUUCUGGCACCUGGUCAACAAGGUGGAGCUGCCCGGUGGCAACGACCGCUACAACAGCUACGCCGGCUACUGGGCUGUGGCCUCCGGAUGGGGCGGCACCUACGACGGCAGCCCGUUGCCCGACUGGCUCCAGGCUGUCGAUGUCCAGAUCAUGUCCCAGGGCGACUGCAGCCGCUUCUGGAGCCUGCACGACUACAUGAUCUGCAUCAACACCGAGGGCGGCAAGUCGACCUGCGGCGGUGACUCCGGUGGCCCCCUGGUCACACACGACGGUAACCGUCUGGUUGGAGUGACCUCCUUCGGCUCCGGAGCUGGCUGCCAGGCCGGUCACCCCGCUGUCUUCACCCGCGUCACUGGAUACCUGGACUGGAUCCGCGACAACACUGGCAUCUCCUACUAAGCGACAUAUGUAGAUACUUUUCUACUAUUUUCUUGGGAUGUUUUCUUAAAUAAAAGUUUAAAGCAUAAAA